AGCUAUGUCCAGUACUCUGGUAAUUCCUACUUGGAGUUUGAGGGCAUAGACCUUGGUGCCAACAACAACAUCACUGUGAGGUUUCAGACCCAGGAGGCCCAGGGGACCAUCCUGUACGUGGACCAAGGAGCAGUGACCAGGGGCUUCUUUUUCAUGAAACUCUUCAUCCAGGAGGGAAUGCUACAGUAUGUCUUCUCCUGUAACCGAGAGGAAGGUAUCAGAAGGAUCAAUACCUCCAUCCGUGUUGACGACGGCAAUCCAUACAUCGUCUACGUCAGACAACACCUGGCGCCAUGCGAAGCGGAGGUGGUCGUGUCUGGGUAUGAGAGAGUCAGAAGCCAGCCCAGCAACUACUGGUCAGGACUCACCACACAGAGAACAAGCCAUAUGUUUAUAGGAGGCUUGCCUCGUCGAUACCUGCCAUAUCAGGGAGCCCAACCCUUCUCCAACUACACCGGCUGCAUUGAAAUAAUUGAAAUGAAUAAGCUGCGGGGAUUCUACACAUCCAGUGCCGUUGCCGGCAGCAACGUAGACAACUGCAGGUCUCGACGGGCCCCACCAGGUACCCCAGAUGCCUUCACAAGGAGUCCAUAUGAUUGGACCACCAGAUCCACCACUACCACUCCCAGAGUCAACACAUCUGUAUGGGCCACCCAAUCUGCCACCACUCUGAGAGGUCAAGGUUCAGCAGGAGCCAACACUUCUGUAUGGACCCAGCCACCACCAUCCCGACCGCCACCAGUUCCUACACGCCCCUGGCAACCGGCUCCUACCCGUCCCUGGCAACCGGCUCCUACCCGCCCCUGGCAACCGGCUCCUACCCGUCCCUGGCAACCGGCUCCUACCCGUCCCUGGCAACCGGCUCCUACCCGUCCCUGGCAACCAAGUCCAGUUCCUACCCGUCCCAGGCAACCAACUCCUACCCGGCCACCAUCAGUCUCUACCCAUCCCUGGCAACCAGCUCCCACCCGUCCCUGGAAACCAGGUCAUGCCCAGCCCCCAUCAGUCCCUACCCAUCCCUGGCAACCAGCUCCCACCCGUCCAUGGCAACCAGUUCCUGCCCAGCCCACGCAACCAGCGCCUACCCGGCCCUGGCAAACAGCCACUACCCGGCCUCGGCCACCACUGCCAGCUCCUACCCGGCCCUGGCAAACAGCCACUACCCGGCCUCGGCCACCACUGCCAGCUCCUACCCGGCCCUGGCAAACAGCCACUACCCGGCCUCGGCCACCACUGCCAGCUCCUACCCGGCCCUGGCAAACAGCCACUACCCGGCCUCGGCCACCACUGCCAGCUCCUACUCGUCCCUGGCAACCAGCUCCUACCCAUUCCCCACCACCAGCCCCUACCCAGCCACCAACAGCUCCCACCCAGCCACCACCACCACCAGUCUGCCAUGCUGCCCUCUGUCUUAACGGUGGGACCUGCCAUGAGCUGCAGAGGCCCAGCGGAGCUCUGUCCUUCUAUUGCGACUGCCCCCUACACUUCACUGGACGCUUCUGUGAGA